AUGAACCUCGAUAUCAUCACUUCCCACUACGUAAAGAAUUACACAGUCGUUCCGACACCCUCCUUCGUCAAAUGGGAUUUGUCAAACUCCAAUCCCCUCGGGAUGCCAUUCAUGCUCCAGUACCAUCAGUCAGGUGAAAAUCUGAAAAAGGUCUUGAGCAAACUCAAUUUCGAACAGCGGAUGGGUCUCACGAAGGAAGUUGCUAAGUUGAUUCUGCGAUUGCAGAGCCAAAAAAGUACGAGCUGUUCGAUCCUUUCGAGCUAUACCUACGCAGAAGAAUCCAUCAUGAUCUUCCAAAAGGAACUUCUCAACCGUCAUGUCAUGGGAGCGGAACACGAGAUUGACCUUUCGGAAGCUCGGAAACAAACAACUCUACAGUUUAUCAUCGAUCUAUGUGAGCACAUGAAGGGCCAGGAGAGACACGAUUCGCCCGAUCAACACUGGAUCUGGGAUGGUUUUACCAGCCUUGCAGCGGAUAUGCACAGUCGAGGAAUGAUCCCAGACGUCGACUACUUCUACUUCACGCACCUAGCCCUUCACCCAGCUCACAUACUCGUUGAUCGAGUAGAUGACAAGUCGGUGGAGAUCAAAUGUGUCUUUGGAUGGGAACACGGCCUUUUUGCGCCCCAGUACAUGUCCUGCUGCCCACCCACCUGGCUGUAG